GGCUCUCCGCUCGGCCCGCACCCGCGCGGCCGCCGGCCUGAGGCUCGCGGCUCCUGAGCGCGUCGCUUCCGGUGGGGCCCGGCUGCUGCGCUCGGCGCCGCCGCGGCCAGAUGCAGGCGGAGCGAGGAGCUCGGGGCGGCCGUGGCCGCAGGCCCGCCCGCGACCGGCCCGGCGGGGAUCGCGACCGCGAGCGGGCGGGAGCCACGGCGGCGGCGACCAGAGGCGGCGGCGGAGACGGAGGAGGUCGUCGGGGUCGCGGCCGGGGAUUCCGCGGCGGCCGUGGAGGCCGAGGAGGUGGCGGGGCUCCGAGAGGCGGCCGGUGGGAGCGGGGAAGCCGGGGCGCCGGCGCGAGCGUGAGGGGUGAGGAUGACAGUGAUGCAGAGCCCUAUGGAGAAGAGACUGCUGAACAGGGAAAUUACUCUAAAAGGAAGAUCAUCUCCAACUGGGAUAGAUAUCAAGAUACUGAGAAAGAAGUCGCUAAGGAAGGUGGAGAGUCACAGAGGGGGACAGACUUCAGCGUCCUUCUUAGCUCUGCAGGGGACUCCUUCUCACAGUUCCGGUUUGCUGAGGAGAAAGAGUGGGAUGGUGAAGCAUCCUGUCCUAAACAGAAUUCAGCAUUUUAUGUGGAUUGUGAGUCACUGGUUCGAGCCCUUCAAGAACUGCCUCUCUCAGUCCGACUCAAUGUUGCUGCUGAACUGGUGCAGAAUGCCCUUCCUUUAGAGCUUCCGCAAGUGAAACCAAAGAGGAAUGAUGACGGCAAGGGGUUAGGAAUGCAGUCUAGAGGGCCCUUAGGGCCUGGUGGGAAGGCAUCUGUCUCUGAGUUGAAAUCUGCUGGCUGCCCCAUGUACCUGAGUAAAGAGAACUCCAGACCAGGUCCUUUGGAGGCUUCUCUGAGACCAGCUGCCCCAUCACCAUCAGUAGCAGACCACUUGGAGGAAGAACUAGAUCUGCUGCUUAGUUUAGAUGCCCCUGUUAAAGAGGAAGAAACCACUGCACCAGACCCAGCAUCUCAGGACCCAGGAUCUGAGAAAGGCAGGAAGCUGGUCCGAGAAGAAAAAGGACCUGCAAACCCACCUGAGAGAGAAGAAAAGAACAUGACGACUGAGCUCCCGAGUGCAUCAAAAAAAGUUACCGAGGAAGAGCUGGAAGACUGGCUGGAUAGCAUGAUCUCCUAAAAAGUGCCUGAAACACACUGUGGUUGCCUUGUAAGUGAGGGUGGAGCCAAGUAUGCUUUUCGCAGCAAAUGCCUACCUGUAUGGCCAUAUCUGAGAUAUCAAUAAUACAUCGAAGCCGCUCAUUGCA